AUGGCUGCUGCAGCAAUGGCACACGAGAAACCGUGGUCGGACAAAUCCACGAUGAACGCGGCUGAAAAGACGUACUACGAGUACAUGGCCAAGCUUUCCGUUGCGGGGAAGAUGGAGUCGCACGAUGGAGUGGCGACCGGACCGAAAAUAGAACAGCCAAAAAAAGGAAACGCUGUCACUUCUCAGCAUUCAGCGUCUCAACAGCAGCAGCACCAGCAAGGCCAGUCAAGAAAAGUGGAUGCCGCAUCAAUCGAAUCUUCACCACCCCCGGUGGUGGAAGGGCCGAAAUCGAAGAAAGACAAGAAGAAGCGGAACAAAGGCAAGAAAGAUAGUACCCCGACUGAUACUGAGUCUUCCGAAAAAUCGAUUAAUAGUGGUAACAUGGCGACGACCUUGGUAGAUGAUGCACCGGAGCCCAAACCACAGCCCACGGUCGUUGAACAUGUCGAGGUACAGAAGGAACCAGCCAAGAAAAAGUCGAAAAAAUCAAAGAAAUCCAAGGGACAGGAUGAUGCAUCGAUCGUGCAGCAGGAUAACGAUAAUAAGUAUCAAGAGAAUGUGCAGCAGCAGAAUGCCAAAAAUCUGAAGGAGAAGGAAAAUUUGGCACACAAGCUGUGCGAUAACAUAACGGAGGAACUGAGCAAGAUCAACUCCGUUCCAUCUCAGUGCACUUUGGCUUCGGAAAUAUCGAAAGCCAGGCAACACAUCAAAAAUUCCCUCGAGCGGAUGGAUGGUAUUGCUGCGUUGGCAGCUAGCCCCGGAGCUGAGUUGCUGGAUCGUUUGUCCUCGGUGGAGAAGGAAAACGAGAAGCUUCGCUCGAUUAUUGACGGACUGAACAACCUUGUCAUUGAUUUGCACGAGCGUGUUCGAACGCUUGAAUCAGGCAGCGGCAAACCGGCUGCUGCUGGUGCCAAAUCAGCUGUCACUGCUGCGCCCAAGCCUGCCGCCGCUCCUGCCAAGAAGGUCGAAGCCGAAGACGAUGAUGAUGAUGUCGAUCUGUUCGGUUCGGAGGACGAAGAUGAGGAUAAGGCAGCGGCCGAGCUGCGCGAAAAGCGUCUGGCCGAGUAUGCGGCGAAAAAGUCGAAGAAACCGGCCCUGAUUGCGAAAUCGAACGUGAUCCUCGACAUCAAGCCGUGGGAUGAUGAGACCGACAUGAAGGUGAUGGAGCAGGAGGUGCGAAAAAUCAAUGCCGAUGGACUGUUGCUCGGUGCGGCCAAGCUGGUACCGUUGGCGUACGGCAUACAUAAGCUGCAGAUGUCGUGCGUGAUUGAGGAUGAUAAGAUUUCCGUCGACUGGCUGCAGGAAGAGAUCGAGAAGAUUGAGGAUUACGUGCAGAGCGUGGAUAUCGCUGCAUUCAAUAAGAUUUAAUGUGGUACU